ACCCCACCAUUUCGCGCCGAUGUCAUCGCGGGCAGUCCCGCAUCUAACCAGCCUGGCGGACGGACAAACAACUGCGGUGGAAACUGUUUUAUAUGUACCCCCAGGCACCUCGCUGUUCUUACAUUUACUGCAACGUAACUUAAGAAGCACCUUACACCGCUGCGAUGACUAAACCAAAGGUCCUCCUGCUCGGCAACAUCACCCAUGCAAAGAAAGAGUGGGAAGCCCUCUCCUCCAUCGCCACGCUGAUCACACCGACUUCCACGGACCGCACCGACUUCCUGGCCGAGUGCUCAUCGGGCGCCUUCACCGAAGUUAUAGCGGCGUACCGCACCUUCGCCUCUGUCUCCAUCACGGGGCUGAUCGACACCGAGCUCGUAGCCGCGCUCCCCACCUCGCUCAAAUACCUCUGCCACAACGGCGCAGGUUACGACCAAGUCGACGUGGCCGCGUGCACCGCCAAAGGGAUCCGCGUCUCCAACGUCCCUACGGCGGUCGACGACUCCACCGCCGAUGUGAACCUGUUCCUUAUCAUCGGCGCGAUCCGCAGGUUCAACCGGGGAAUGGUCGGGCUGCGGAGGGGCGAAUGGCUGAAAGGAUGCAAGCUCGGACAUGACCCGCAGGAGAAGGUGCUGGGGAUUCUGGGAAUGGGCGGGAUCGGAAGAGCACUGAAGAAACGGACCGAUGCGAUGGGGAUGAAAACCAUCUACCACAACCGGAACAAGCUGUCGGAGGAGUUGGAGGAAGGCGCAGAGUAUGUUUCGUUCGAUGAGCUGCUGAGCAGGAGUGACGUCAUCUCGCUCAAUCUGCCGUUGAACAAACACACCCGCCACAUCAUCUCCACCGCCGAAUUCAACAAGAUGAAGGACGGCGUUGUGAUCAUCAACACCGCCCGCGGAGCAGUGAUGGAUGAAGAUGCACUCGUGAAGGCACUUGACAGCGGGAAGGUGGCAAGCUGUGGCCUCGACGUGUUUGAAGACGAGCCGAAUGUGCAUCCCGGCCUCGUCGCCAACGAAAACGUUAUGCUGGUGCCGCAUAUGGGGACUUUUACGUAUGAGACACAGUAUAAAAUGGAGUGCUGGACGAUUGAGAAUGUUCGCAUGGCGGUGGAACAGGAUACUCUUAAGAGCAUUGUACCAGAGCAGGCGAGUGCCAAGUUUUAGAGGACUGAGUAACGGGCAACCAGCGAAUAGAAUAGAUUUCACAGUAGAGAGUCCGAGAAAUGAUGCGCAUGUGACAUAGCGGGUGGAUUUGAUCGAUUGGGG